AGCGAACAAGAUGGCGGCGCCCGGUGCGGCGGGUUCCCCUCAGCCUGGGCGGUGUGCCUAUUUCGUGGAACGGAAGCGGCGCUUCUGCAAGAUGGUCCCGGCCCGGGGCAGGCGCUUCUGCGGGGAGCACGGCGCUCACGCCGAGGAAGAAAAUAGCAGGAAAAGAAUUCCUUGUCCUCUGGAUCCAAAACACACCGUAUAUGAAGAUCAGCUACAAAAACACUUGAAAAAGUGUAAUUCAAGAGAGCAGCCAAAGCCUGUCUACUUUGUUCAAGAUAUCAAUGCAGGAGUAAAAGAUGCAACAGAGUUGCCCAAAGAACAGCAGAUACCAAUUUCUACACUUUCUAAAGAACAGUUAGAGGAUUUAAUUAGGAAGCUAAGAAGAGCAAGUAACAGUAUAAACUAUGUACUUAAGGAUGAAAUCCUCUCUCAUCAGGCCUUAAACGAAGCCCUAAAUGACCCCAAAAAUGGAGUUGCAGCUAUUAAGCAUUUGAAACAACAGGCUUCUAUAUUAGGUCACAUGGAAAGACUGCAUUUGCUUGGAUCAGGGAAAUGUUUUGUUGAAUUUGGUGCUGGACGGGGAAAGCUGUCCCACUGGGUGGAUAUAGCCUUACACAAUGCACAAGAUAUUCACUUUCUUCUUGUUGAAAGAGCUACUACCAGAUUCAAGGUAGAUGGCAAGCACAGGAAAAAUUGCUUUGAAAGGCUUCAAGUUGAUAUCCAGCACUUAGGCUUAAAUAAGGUACCUGUUCUUGCAAAACGAAAGCUACCUGUGAUAGGCAUUGGAAAACAUGUAUGUGGAGCUGCAACAGAUCUUGCUUUGAGAUGUUUAGUUGAAACUUAUGCAAAACCCUUUGACAAAAAGGAAGGUCCUGCACCUAAACGCUUAAAGACUGAUGAAGGCAACGCGACUCCUAAUAAUUCUGGUGAAACAUUGAACACCUCUGUAACUGACAACUGGAGACCUGUAGCUGGGAUUGUUAUUGCUCUAUGUUGCCAUCACAGGUGUGACUGGAAACAUUAUGUAGGCCAAGAAUUCUUUGCAACAGUAGGACUUGGGGCAGUGGAAUUUAAUUAUUUUAAAAGAAUGACAAGCUGGGCUACUUGUGGCAUGAAAGACACUUCAAAAAAAUCCUGUGAAACUGACACAAAGAAUGAAGACCAAAACGAUGAGGAGGAAGAACAUGCCCAAGAUGUUGGGAGUCUUGAGUGCAGUUUGGAUAACCUCCAAGGGCUGCUAACCACCGAGGAACGAAAACAGAUAGGUCAGCUUUGCAAACUGUUGAUUGAUUACGGUCGGCUUGAAUAUUUACAGCAGAGAGGUUAUGAAGCUGUGUUGCAGCGUUACACCGAUCACAGUGUGUCCUUAGAAAAUGUACUCUUGACAGCUGUGCCAUGCCAGUCUCCAUUAGCAACUUCUUAAAAUGAGAAGAUUUUAAAAUAUCUAAGCAUACAGUCUGCAGAAAUUUUCUUGACUUCUACCUGAUAUUGUGCUUAUCAGCAGUAGUAUUCAUGGUCUUCUAUGGAGCCAAAAAAAAGAAGCACCAAUUUAGUCCUCUGCAUUGAAAGGACACCUCAACUUCUUUGGUACAGUGACUAUGGAAGCUGUUUCUUCUACCUGUCCUUAUAAGAACUGUAAUAGUUACCUUUCAGUAACAGUAAACCCAGAAAGGACAUGGAAUUUUAUUUUUCCUUGUCAGCUGAGGCACCAUCUGGAGUAUCACUUUCCAUGUUUUCUGAAAGAAAAGAAGGUUAAGGGAACAAAUACACAUACUGAGAAACUUACAAUUUAUAUUUUUAAACAUUUAAUGAUAAUAUAUAUUUUUACUCUUAACUAAUUUUCUAUAUGUUUUGUAAGAUUUUUAAAGCUUAUUUUGCUCUGUUUAUAUGCAGAGGAUUAAAGUACUGUACUGAAGUCUAAUUGUUUUUUCCCCAGCUGACAUACUUCACAUGGGCCUUACCACAAUUUACAUUUAUACCUUUGCUGUAAGCCGCCUAGGAAGGGCUCAACAAUUAUAGGCAGCCUAAAAAUACACAUAUAAAUAAAUAAUAUAAAUAAACUCACAUAGUUCUGCCUCUUUUCCUUUAUUUCAUCUACAUGAUUGUAUGAGUUGGGAUGCCUCCAUUUUUUAAACCAUACUUUAGCAUUUCAUUCAAAGCCUAAACCAUGGAUAAUGUUAGCUACAGUUUGUUUAAACUAGCCAACUUCAUGACCAAACAUUUAACAUUGACUUAAUUCAAACAGGUUGUCAGAUGAAAUCACAAGCCACAGUGGUGCUUUUUAGCAAAAUCUUGCCAUGAGAUCGAAGAACAUUUAGAGGAUGGAAUGCUUGAGCCUUUGGCUUGCCUAGCUUAAUUAAUGGCACAUCAUUGAGGGCAAAACUGCA